AUGAGUUAUGAACCGAGUUGGGUGGAGAAUACAACCAACACACCGAUACCGGAGUUCCUGGAACGUACACUGAUGCUAGGACCAAACUACAACGUACCGAAUCGUGGAAAAUUUCCAUACAUUGAAACGUUGUCAGAAAUCGAAAAAGUUAUAAAAUAUCAAAAAAAUGUGGAAGAAAUCCGAGCAGAUGUAACCAAUGCGAUGUCCAACUUUCUAAAUUUCAAUAAUCAACCACGCCAUCAUCAACAAGACUGGAUUGCCAAGGACGUCGGGAGAAGCAGGAAGUUCUUGAAGGAAAACCCAGAUUUAUUGAUCAUCAAAGCCGACAAGGGAAACAAAACGGUAGUGUUGUCAUCGAAGGAAUAUGAGGAAAAAAUGGAGGAAAUGUUGAGAGACGACAAACCCUACGAGAAGAUUCGCUACGAUCCGACGGCAAGGGUGUCGCGAAAAAUCAAAACAAUUUUGGACAACUGGAGGGAAAAGAAAUACAUCGACGCUGGCACUCAUCGAAAGCUUAACGUGACAAACUGUAACCCACCGCGCAUAUAUGGGCUGCCAAAAAUCCCCAAACCAGGUAGGCCCUUGAGACCGGUGGUUUCGACCAUUGGGUCCACCACAUACAAAUUGGCGCAAUAUUUAUCAAACAUCCUAGGAAAAAUCGUGGGGAAAACAGAAGCACACAUAAUUAACAGCUUCACAUUCGCCAAUGAAAUAUCAGGAGUUCAGACGGACGAGGAUGAGGUUUUGUUCUCGUUGGACGUGACAUCACUAUACACAAAUGUACCGGUGGACUACGUAAUAGAAUGUGUUGAACAGCGAUGGAACGAGAUAGAGGACCACACACCAAUAGACAAAGGCAGCUUCAUAGCGGCGAUCAAAUUGGUAUUGGGAUCUACGUUCUUCGUGAUUACCAUGAUAUCUGAUACGGUGCUUCAUAUAGAAAAAAUUAAUAAACAGGACUGUGGUGCCUAUCAAUGCAUUGUUUCAAACUCCAGAAGCAGCGAACAAGCUAGUGCCGAAUUAAAGCUUGGAGACACUCCCCCUGAAAUAAUUUUCAACUUUAUUGAACAGAACAUUCAUCCAGCAGCGUUUGCUUCUUUGAAAUGUACAGCGUCUGGAUCUCCCUAUCCUCAGUUCACUUGGAUGCUCGAUUAUCAACCCAUAGUUGCUUCGAUUCAUCGUUAUACUAUUGAUCAGUUUUUGGACGAAAAUGGGAGAGUGACAUCACAUCUAAAUAUAACCCACGUUAGUGCUGAUGAUGGCGGGCUUUACGCAUGUAUUGCAUCUAAUACAAUGGGAAUUGCAACUGAAAAGGCUCGUUUAAAUGUUUAUGGCCCUCCGUAUGUAAGAGCUAUUGGUUCAAUUAAAGCAAUUGCAGGAGACUUAAAAGAAAUAAAUUGUCCUUAUUCUGGUUACCCUAUCCAACAAAUACAUUGGUUACAUAACGGGUUGAAUAUUAGCGCAAAUCCGAGGUACGCAGUGUCUGGUAUUAACCAUGGAGUAACGCUACGAAUUCAUCGCGUUGAUGGAAUUCAGGAUAAGGGUACAUACACCUGCAUAGUAACUAGUCCAAAUGGCGAUGAAGCUCGGAGAGAUAUUCAACUUAUUAUCAACAGCCCACCAGUGAUUGAACCUUUCUCAUUUCCAAAAAAUAUUAAAGUUGGUGGUCGAGCUCAGUUAACUUGUUCGGUGUCAUCAGGAGACAUGCCAGUAUAUUUCAGUUGGAAAAAAGAUGGUACCUCUAUCCCGCGAGAUCUUCACGUAGUGGAAAAAAAAGAAGAAUUUUUUACAUUACUCGUUCUGAAAAACAUUACAUCAAAGCAUAGUGGAAAAUAUACAUGCCUUGCAUUGAAUGCAGCUGCAGAGGUUAAUCACACUGCCGAACUACUUGUUCAGGUGCCUCCGACUUGGAAACAGGAACCUUCCGACUUGGCAGUUGUUUUAGGCAGUACAAUUACUGUAAUAUGCAAGGCUGAUGGUUUUCCACAACCAAAAAUAACAUGGUAUAGAAGCCAGAGCAUACUACCUAACAAUUUUCAAUCAUUUUCAUUCAACAAUGAGACGCUCAAGGUAAACUAUGCCACGUCUUCUGAUGCAGGUUACUACAUGUGUGAAGCUUACAACGGAAUUGGUAAUAAAUUGUCCAAAAUUAUUAAAAUUGAUGUGAACGUAGCUGUUCAUUUCGAUAGCCCGGUAAAGAAUAUAUCCGCACGUCGGAACGACGCGGUAAUGUUGGAAUGCUUAGCUCUGGGUGAUGAUCCAAUAAAAAUUGUUUGGACCCAUAAAAAGUCGAAAAUAGAUUUUAACAACUACCGGUACAAUUUAGUCGAGAUAAAAGUUGACAAUGGAAUGCGAUCUCAACUGUCUAUCAGCCACACAGAGCGAUUCGAUUCCGGAAAGUAUGUCUGUUCAGCGGAAAACUCAUACGGAACAAGUGAACAAAUAACUUACCUAGCAGUACAAGAAAGACCAGAUGCUCCAUCUGAACUAGAGGUUUUAGAAGUGGACAGUCGUAAAAUAAAGCUAUCGUGGAAAAGGCCAUAUGACGGAAUGUCUCCUGUACUUAGCUAUCUUGUACAAUAUCAACCGCUAAGACUUGCUUCAGAUUAUAUUGGAGAAAAUAUAGAUUUGACAUGGGAAAAUCCAUUUGUAACCAACUUAACACUGUCCACGCUAAAAGAAGAAAAUAGUGGAAGCAGUGCUACACGUGAUGAAGCAUUUGUAACUGGACUACACCCUGCAACUCAAUAUUCGAUGCGAAUGUUGGCUAUUAACGAGAUUGCAUGUUCACCAUUCACGAAUUCACUCAUAUUCAAGACACAAGAAGAAGCACCAACAGAAGCGCCAACUAGUUUGAAAAUCAAACCUAGUGGUCCUGGAGAAUUAAUAAUAACAUGGCAAAUACCGCACAAAAAUACUUGGAAUGGUGACCUACUUGGAUAUACAAUAAAUUGCAUGGAAGAGAAACAAAACAUAAACUUCAUAAGCAACAAUGAUUCACAAAACUUAACUUUUACAGCCAAUGGUUGGGCGACAACAAAAAUGUUAAUAUCCAAUUUAAAAAAAUUCACCAGAUACUCAAUUAAAAUACGUUCGUUCAAUGCCAUAUCGGCAGGUCCAUGGAGUCCGAUAAUGCACAGCACAACGUUAGAAGAUGUACCUGACACUCCACCCCGAAAUGUGUCAUGUAAAAGUCUCUCUUCUCAAAGUAUCAAGGUACAGUGGCAGGAGCCUCUUCCUCAAUUUCAUAACGGAAUAUUGCAAGGAUAUAAAGUUUUGUACAGAUCUUUUUCAAAAACCAAUGACCUUUAUAUGCCUUAUGAAAUCAAACGGACUUCUAACUUGGAAACUUACCUUCACGCUUUACUAAAAGCUACGAACUACUCCAUCCAGGUAUUAAGUUUUACUUUGUCGGGAGACGGCAUGUCAAGCGCUUCAAUAUUUUGUGCUACAGAAGAGGAUGUACCGGACGCACCUGCCGAAAUUAAAGCAUCAAUUCUUACAGCGGACUCUAUACUCGUGUCGUGGUUGCAGCCCAAUCAUACCAAUGGAAUUAUAAGUCAUUACACAAUAUAUAGUAAAGACAGUGGAAAAACUGGCCAUUCUAAAAGUUAUGUACUACGACUUGACAAGCAGCAUCCUUUGCAAUUUGAAGUACGAGGAUUGAGUGAAAAUCGCAAAUAUGACUUUUGGGUAACGGCCUCUACUUCCAAAGGCGAAGGAGAUCCUACGGCAGUUGUUACACAAGAAACAAACACUCGUGCUCCUGCAAGAAUUGCAUCCUUCACACAAACAUUGAAAGUUGCAGUAGGAACGAGCAUAUCUUUGGAAUGCAUAGCAGUUGGAAAUCCAACACCAAGGACACGAUGGAUUACCAACGACCAAGCGGUUACUUUUAGCCCAUUCUACAGUAUAUCGCAAGGAUAUUUGAAAAUAUAUAAGGUUGAACCCAACCUCUCGGGCAAUUACACAUGCUCUGCCAAAAAUCUGUUUGGAGAAGAUAGCAUUUUAUACGUCCUAAUUGUUUUACAAACACCAAAUAUCACUCUCAUAUCAAUACAGUAUGCGUCAUAUGAUAGUGUUAGAAUCAUUUGGGAAAUUUCAUUUGAUGGAGGAGCUACAAUUCAAGGAUAUAACCUUUAUUAUCGACAUGCUUCUGAUACUUGGUCAAGCGUAUCAAUCCCGUCAGAUCAAUUUGCCUAUACACUUACUGGAUUAAAAUGCGGAUCGCAAUAUAUGCUGAAAAUGAACGCGCAUAAUAAGGUAGGAGUUGGUGUAUCCACCGAUGAAAUAACUGUUUGGACCAAAGGAAAAGCACCACACAUUCCUGAAGGUAGAGAACUAAUUAUGACUAACGCUACAUGCCUCAGCCUGAACUUGCACACAUGGCAUGAUGGAGGAUGUUCUAUUACACAUUUCUCAAUAGAAUAUCGUCGUUUACAUACACCGUUUUGGACAACUGUUUCGUCAGACAUAUCUGGAGUAGAGCAAAAUAAUGGCAAUUUUUCUUUUUGCGAUUUUGUCCCGGCUGUUUGGUAUGAACUAAAAAUUUCGUCUAGUAAUGACGCCGGAGAAACUGUUGCUCAGUUCAACUUUGCAACAACCACGAUAACAGGUGAUAAAAUUCCUCCUCCGGUAUAUACGCAAAUCGAAAUAAAGAACGAAGAUAAUUCAGAGAAAGUAUCUAAGGAUAUACAAUGGAUAAAAUCUUUUGUAAUAACGGCAGCUGUUAUCACCAUUAUUCUUUUCUUUUUUUUUCUGAUCAAAUACCGUAAAAUCCUAUGUUAUACGAGUGGUCCUAUAAACAACAUCGAGGACACUUCAAACAAUCACCAAAAGGAAGAAUGCACCUACGUGAGAACUGAACAGGUGUAUAGUGCUUCACCUGUUAAAAUAGUUCAUAAAGAAAAUAAUUCUGAAAUGUACGAAAUAUCACCAUAUGCAACAUUCAAUGAUACAAAUGAACAAGAGCCAGAGAAAGUAUUAACUCGCAACAUACCCGACUCUACGAUGGACUAUUCAAUGCAGUUUCGCACCUUUGGACAUCCAGAAAUCGAAUUACCUGCCACGGCUUACCCAUUAUUAGAACCUGGUGGAUUCGGCAAGGCAAAAGAUAGAGCAAUCCGACAGAAGCAAACAGGUGAAACCCAUAUAAGCAGUGGGUCAAGUUACAGGAUGGUCAAAUAUGAAGAAAAAGCGCAUUCUAGAAGCGGAAGUAGAAUUACUGGUCCAAUGAAUCUAUCAGAAACUGACAGUAACAGUCCAAUAUGAAUCUUCUAGCGCUCUAACAUACAAAAUUUCAGAUGAAUCUGUUUUAUACCAUGAUACGUGAUAAAGUAUCAUCCCAAUGUGUUCUACUCGGAAUAUUUCAUAUGUGAAACUAUGAUCAAUUGAUAUAAAUAAGAAUAAUGAACAAAAA